GAGUACCAGUACAGUUAUGCCCACCUCCACCUCAGAUUCCUAAUGCUCAAGAUAUGAAGACUACAGUGAAUUAUCAGGAUGGAGAGAAGGUGUCUGUUCUUUGCCAAGAAGGUUACCUAAUUCAGGAAGCAGAAGAAAUGGUGUGCAAAGAUGGGAAGUGGCAGUCAUUACCACGCUGUGUUGAAAUUUCCUGUGAAUUACCAGAAAUUAGAAAUGGAUUUUCUCUAUCCCAGAAGACGACUUUUAGGGAGAAUGAACGAUUGCAAUAUAAAUGUCAUUCAGGCUUUGUUUACCGUGAAAGAGGAGAUGCCAUUUGCACAGCAUCUGGAUGGAGUCCAAGUCCUUUCUGUGAAGGUAAUCUCCUAUUUAUUUUGUUAAUUUUAUUAUAA